AUGACGAUAAUCCUGAAGCGUAAGAGAUCGUAUCUGAAUCCCGGCCAACCUUCAGAAUCGACACUAGAGCCAAAUAUCCAUGGUGCUAAGUCAUUGCUGGUAACGCUGCUGACAUUAACGCAUGCUGCCCGGCUAGACAAUAAAUAUUUGCCACCACCGCCAAAUGCUGCUACGGCUGGUGGUGGUCCUGGCUUACAAGGUCCAGGAGGUGGUGGUGGAAGACCGGGUGGCCCAGGUGGACCGGGAGGUUUUGGUGGCGGUGGAGGCGGCGGAACUGGUGCGGGAGGUGGUUUUGGCGGUGGUGGAGGAGGCGGAGGCGGUACUGGUGGUGGCGGAAAUAAUGGUUUGGGUGGCUUUACUGGCGCUGGUGGUCAAGGCAGACCCUUUGGUCCUCAAGGCGGUGGUGCAGGCCCCAGACCAGGAGCUCCUUCAGGACCAUCUGCUCCAGCUGGUCCUGUUAUACCCAUACUCUCAUUUGUAAAUGAAAAUGAUGGUGAUGGCAACUACAGAUUCAGCUAUGAAACUGGCAAUGGCAUUAAGGCCCAGGAAGAGGGCACGGUUAAAAAUAAAGGUUCCGAAAAUGAAAUACCAUCUGUUAUGGGUACAUACUCGUAUACAGCGCCGGAUGGUCAAGUAAUUGAAGUAGCUUAUACGGCUGAUGAGAAUGGUUUCCAACCUUCUGGUGAUUUAUUGCCAACGCCACCUCCCAUUCCAGAAGCAAUUGCCAAAGCACUGGCAGCACAAGGUAUUCAACCUGCUCCAGGUGGUGGCUUUAUAGGUGGACCAGGUGGUGGUGCUGGUGGCGGAGCUGGUCGUGGUGGCGGCGGUGGUCCUGGUAGUUUUGGUGGUGCAGGAGGUGGUACUGGUGCCGGUGGUUACGGUGGUGGCACUGGUGCUGGCGGUGGAGGUGGCUUCGGCGGUGGUGCCGGUGGUGGUGCCGGUGGUGCUGGUGGUAGAGGAGGCGGAGCCGGUGGUGGAACUGGUGCUGGCGGUGGCUUCGGCGGUGGAGGCGGAGCCGGUGGUGGAACUGGUGCUGGCGGUGGUGCCGGCGGUGCUGGUGGAUUUGGUGGUGGCGCCGGUGCAGGUGGAGCUGGUGGUAGAGGAGGUGGAACUGGUACCGGAGGUGCUGGUGGUUAUGGAGGUGGUGGUGCCGGUGGUAGAGGAGGCGGUGCUGGAGCUGGCGGUGGAGCUGGUGGUGGUGGAGGUUAUGGAGGCGGUGCUGGCAAAGGAGGCGCCGGCGGUUUUGGUGGUGGCGGAGCCGGUGGAAGAGGAGGUGGAGCCGGUGGUGCCGGAGGAUUUGGUGGUGGUGCUGGUUCAGGUGGUGCCGGUGGCUAUGGAGGCGGUGCCGGCGGAGCAGGAUCAGGUGCUGGCGGAGGUAGAGGAGGCGGUGCUGGAGCUGGUGGUGGAACAGGCACCGGCGGAGGUUUCGGUGGUGGAGCUGGCACUGGUGGUGGUUCAGGAGCAGGCGGUGCCGGUGGUAGAGGAGGCGGUGCUGGAGGUGCUGGAGGUUUUGGUGGUGGAGCAGGCGGUGCCGGUGGUAGAGGAGGCGGUGCUGGCGCUGGUGGUGGUUAUGGCGGUGGAGCCGGCGCCGGUGGUGCUGGAGGAGCCGGUAAAGGAGGUGCUGGCGGUUUUGGUGGUGGAGCAGGCGGUGCCGGUGGUAGAGGAGGCGGUGCUGGUGGUGGUUAUGGUGGAGGAGCUGGCGCCGGUGGUGCUGGAGGUUUUGGUGGAGGCGCUGGUAAAGGAGGUGCUGGUGCCGGCGGUGGAGGCUCAGGUGCUGGUGGCUAUGGAGGCGCUGGCGGUAGAGGAGGAGGUUCUGGCGGUGGUGGUGGCACAGGUGCUGGUGGUUUUGGAGGAGGAGCAGGCGCCGGUGGUAGAGGCGGAGGUGCUGGAACAGGUGCUGGAUCUGGCGCCGGUGGAGCUGGAGGUUUUGGAGGAGGAGCAGGCGCAGGAGGUGCUGGUGGUAGAGGAGGAGGUGCAGGCACGGGUGGUGGUUAUGGUGGUGGAGCUGGCGCCGGUGGUGGUGGAGGCUUCGGUGGAGGUGCCGGUAAAGGAGGUGCUGGAGGAUUUGGUGGAGGUGCCGGCAAAGGAGGAGCCGGUGGAUUUGGUGGAGGCUCUGGUGCGGGCGGUGGAGCCGGUGGUAGAGGCGGAGCUGGUGCUGGAGGUUAUGGUGGAGGAGCUGGCGCUGGUGGUGCUGGAGGUUUUGGUGGUGGUGCCGGCAAAGGAGGAGCUGGCGGCUUUGGCGGAGGUUCUGGCGCCGGAGGUGCUGGUGGAACAGGUGCCGGUGGUGGUUUUGGUGGAGGUGCCGGCAAAGGAGGUGCUGGAGGUUUUGGUGGAGCUGGCGCUGGUGGUGCUGGAGGUUUUGGAGGUGGUGCCGGCAAAGGAGGUGCUGGUGGUUUUGGUGGUGGAGCUGGCGCUGGUGGUGCUGGAGGUUUUGGUGGUGGUACCGGCAAAGGAGGAGCUGGAGGUUAUGGUGGUGGAGCUGGCGCUGGUGGUGCUGGAGGUUUUGGAGGUGGUGCCGGCAAAGGAGGAGCUGGAGGUUUUGGUGGUGGAGCUGGCGCUGGUGGUGCUGGAGGUUUUGGUGGUGGUGCCGGCAAAGGAGGAGCUGGAGGUUAUGGUGGAGGAGCUGGCGCUGGUGGUGCUGGAGGUGGUGCCGGCAAAGGAGGUGCUGGUGGUUUUGGUGGUGGAGCAGGUGCCGGUGGAGCUGGAGGUUUUGGUGGAGGUGCUGGUGGUUUUGGUGGUGGAGCAGGUGCCGGUGGAGCUGGAGAUGCCGGCAAAGGAGGUGCUGGAGGUUUUGGUGGUGGAGCCGGCAAAGGAGGAGCUGGAGGCUUUGGUGGUGGAGCAGGUGCCGGUGGUUUUGGUGGAGGUGCUGGUGGCGCUGGAGGUUUUGGUGGAGGUGCCGGCAAAGGAGGAGCCGGUGGAUUUGGUGGAGGUUCUGGUGCUGGAGGUGGUGCCGGCGGCGCAGGAGGUAGAGGUGGUGCUGGUGGUUAUGGUGGUGGAGCAGGAACUGGUGGUGGAGGCGGUGCCGGUAAAGGAGGCACCGGUGGUUUUGGUGGUGCCGGUGGUAAAGGAGGUGCAGGUGGAUUUGGUGGUGGUACAGGAGCUGGUGGAGCGGGUGGCCGAGGAGGUGCAGGUGCUGGUGGUCCUGGCACAUCGUACGUUCCGCCUCCACCUGGUCAACCUGGCGGCGGUCAUGCAAGUGGCGACUUUAAUCCUCAAACUGGCUACAAUUAUUAAAUUUAUUUCCAUAAGCAAAA